CCGUGUUGUAUUCGCGCUAUAUGAGAGCCCGACGCGCCCCACUUCCCUACCUCAUCUUCUCGUCUCCUCAUCUGCUCUGCUCUUGUUCAUCGAAUGCUCAUUAGCUUCGAGAUUUGAGUGGUAGGCCGUUCGCCGGUAACAAGAGGGAAAAAAGAUAGAGCUUUGGGGCAGACGUAGUGGGGAAGAGGUUUGAGGUGUUUGUUCGGUGUUAUUUCUGGUAUAGAGAGAGAGAGAGACAGGAUACUCCUACAGUAAUCAGAGAGGGGGAGGGAGAGAGAGAGAGGGCGGGCGGAGAUCGGAUUGAUCGGGCGCAUCGUUUUGUGGCUGCGGGAUCCGAUCGGCUCCGGGAAGUAUCGGUGUGGAGGAAUUUGGCAGAAAGGCGGAUCUUUUUCGAGAAAAGGUCGAUCCUUUUUGUUGCUGGAGAAGUGCUUUCUUCAGAAUGACGGAAGCGGGGUGCCCUUAUUGCUCCAAGAAGACGGAUGAUAUCUGUGAGAACGUCUGCGGCGGGGCUUCAAGGGCAGCUCUGAGCAUGUCCCGGCGGCUCCGGUGCGCCCUCCGGUGCUUCGAUCUCAAGGCAUUACUGUUGCUCUUCGUCGGUAUCCCCAUCCUUGUCUUCGUCAUCUACGUCCACGGCCAAAAGUUCACCUACUUCCUCCGGCCGCUGUGGGAAUCCCCCCCUAAACCCUUCAGGACCAUACCGCACUACUACCACGAGAACGUCUCCAUGGAGCACCUGUGCAAGCUCCAUGGCUGGGGCGUCCGGGAAACGCCAAGGCGCGUCUUCGACGCCGUCCUCUUCAACAAUGAGCUCGACAUCCUCCAAGUGCGGUGGAACGAGCUCAGCCCCUUCGUCUCCGAGUUCAUUCUGCUCGAGUCCAACUCGACCUUCACCGCCUUGAAGAAGCCCCUCCUCUUCGCGAGCAAUCGCCGCCGCUUCAAGUUCGUAGAGUCGCGGUUGACCUACGGGACCGUCGGGGGGAGGUUCGUCAAAGGGGAGAAUCCGUUCGUCGAGGAGUCGUACCAGCGAGUGGCAUUGGAUCAGCUCAUCAGGAUCGCCGGCAUCAGCGACGAUGACCUGCUGAUCAUGUCGGAUGUUGAUGAGAUCCCCAGUGGCCACACGAUCAACCUGCUCAGAUGGUGUGAUGAGAUCCCGGAGAAGCUUCAUCUCCAGCUUAGGAACUACCUCUACUCCUUUGAGUUCCACCUUGAUGAUGACAGUUGGAGGGCUUCGGUCCACCGAUACCGAGCUGGGAAGACCAGAUACGCCCAUUUCCGGCAGUCCGAUGACCUGUUAGCUGAUUCUGGGUGGCACUGCAGCUUCUGCUUCCGGCACAUCAGUGAAUUUACCUUCAAAAUGAGAGCAUACAGCCAUGUCGAUCGUAUCAGAUUUGCCUAUUACCUUAAUCCCAAGAGAAUUCAGGAUGUCAUAUGUCGAGGAGCAGACCUUUUCGACAUGUUUCCUGAGGAGUACACAUUCCAAAAGAUUAUUGCCAAGUUGGGGCCAAUUCCCAGUUCAUACUCUGCAUUAAACCUUCCGGGUUUCCUAAUUCAGAAUGCUGACCGAUACAGAUACCUCCUUCCUGGGAACUGCAAAAGAGAAAGUGGCUGAGUGAAUCAAUGGCAUUGUAGAUCGAUGGCAAUGGUAUGAGAAAAUGAUAGUCUUAUAUUGGAUUUGAGCAUCUGGCACAGGUGGAUGAAUUCUUGGGAAGGAGAGGGCAAGCAUGGAGUUUUGUCAUGUACAUAUGCGCAAUAAUAUUUAGUAGAGCUGAUAGUUGUUUCCAUGUUUGUGCACACAGGUCACUAAAUGAGCUACAGUUGAUUGUAGGUACUGUGGUGGAUUUAUUUAUGUCUUCUUCCUUCUUGGUAGGUGAUAUAACACACAACCACUGCAGUUGGCUCGAAAUCAAGUGGCUUUCCAAUUAUUUAUUUUGUUUUUGGGAUUCAUUUUCAUUAAUCGAUUCAUGUACUCUUCUACCGACUGACCUAGAUUAUCAUAGACUCUUUGAUUGUAAUAUAUGAUAUGGUUGAGAUCUC